AUUUAAUAAGAUAUUAAGAUAUUUAUGAUAGAAAUAUUGUUACAACAAUGCUUAAACUUCUUUGUUGCAUCCUCAUUUUAAUUUUCUCCUCCUUUUGGCUACUUGGUUUAAUAAUUUUUUUCCAGUAAAUAAUACAAAAACCAAAAGUUAAUAGAGCAUAAUUAUGACAAAACAAAUUAUUGUAUCACCAAAUAAAGAAAGAAUUCAGAUUUUUGAACUAAUAAAAACAAUGAUAAUCUCAAUAACAAAUAUAUUCUUAGCUUUUAUAGAAGCCAGUCCACUUUUCGCAAGUGCCACAAAGUUUUACUAUACAACAGCGAUUGCUCAUUUUCUUUCUACCAUAGCAACAUACCCAAAUUUGAAGAAAAAUUACGAUUGUUGUUCUUUCAAGGUUCUCUCCAGUUUCUAUUUCUGCUUUAGAUACUUCAAAGGUCCAACAUCUGAUUUUGGAUUAUGUAGGUCCAAACAAUAAGAAUCAGAAAAAAUUUUGGGACCAUCUGGAUAGUGAUAUGUUAAAGAAGUGAUAAGUUUUGUCUCAUUUCAAAACUUUUUUUUCAAUUUAUUUUUUUGAAAGAAAUAU